UACGAUCUAUUCAAAUUGAUGGCUAAUAGAAAGUAAUGAAACUCACAUAUAUAUUAGUAGUUAAUAAAUGUACAUUCCAUUCUAAUAAAUUGAAUUGAUACAGGUGAUAUCCAAAGCCAUGAAGCCGAUUCCCGGGUUGUUUACACGUUUGACAUGACAAUAUAAUUCUAUUCAAUGGUAAUACAGAGACAGCGAAUUAUACCUUGUACAUUUAUGAAUCUAUCGUGGCCCUGGCUUGCUUUUGGCCCUGGCUUGCUUGAAAAGGCCACCGGUGUAACCCCCCUGCCCCCUUACCUGAUCUAAGUAGAUCAUCACGAUCAGCUGAUAAGAUCAAACCAAGCCACCGGGCCACAAGCGCCAGCAUCCCUGCAAAUCCGUUUGUCAACAUACAUAUUUGCACAGCCCCAUUUGUGAGGUAGGACGGAUUACCUACUUAGGUACCUCCUAAGGUAGUUACAUCUCUCAUAUCAAGGUCUCUGCCCGUGGAUCGUGGAUAGGGAUUUUUUUUUUUUUGUUGAGCAAUUCGAUUCAACCAAGGUACCUAUUAUCAUAAUGUCUUCCAUAAGUUCCCUUCGCCACUACACGACAGACCCAGAGGCUCUUUUUACGCUAUCUGACGAAGCGCUUCUUAAACUAAUCCACGACGACUUUGAAGAUGAGCUUCAUCGUUUGAAGAGUGCAUACUCGGUUGGUGGCAGAGGGGAAGUCGAAAUAUCAUCCAAAUCGCCUUCAUCGAUCUUAUAUGGAAAAAACUACGAUGAAGUCAAUCGAACUCUUGUCGGAGUGUUAACUCUGAAAUGGAUCCACAACGGAGAAUACGAUACUCUUGUCGCAAACCAAGCCGACGCUCUCAAACUCUCUCGCGAGACAUUUCAGUGGAUUCAUGACUUCUACGCCCACUCAAUAUCCAAUCCGGAUGAGUUAUAUGCCCUCAUUACAUCCAUAGUAGUGAACGAUGUCGGAAAGGAUAAGCAGCUCGCAUCCGAUUACCAAAAGAAAACUGGGGAGGAUAUUGCCUCCCUGAAUCAUGAUAUGAUCCUACUUAAGGCGGUUGAAGCUGGCCUGUUAAGUUGCUUGGAUCAACUCUCCGAGGAAUAUAGGGGGGAUAUCAUUCGCGGUAUGGAAUUGGGUGCAGAGUUCAAUUUUGGACAACUUGCCCAAGCGGAGAAUGCCCCGGCAUGUUUAUCCAGCCUGGAGAAAAUUAAAGGCCACGCCCGUAGCUUUCGGCUUCGGUUCCAGGAGCAGCUACUUGAUAUUGCCGGCGCAGCGGGCCACCUGGACUGGACGUGCGCAAAGAAACUAACCCAGUCUAAUUUUGACGCUUUCCAUACUGUGUACGACGCCGGAAUAGGUAUCAUUGAGGGAGGACUAAGUCUACGCGAGGGGUACGACAUGGUAUUAGCGCGACGGCUAAACUUGCUUCAUGAAAAGGGCUUUCGACUUCUUGAUCUCAAUGUCGAAGAUGAUCGUGCUCUCGCGAGGCUUCUAUGCAUGAGCAGUGUAGCCGAUCUGACGACUGCUGAAUUAUACAGCCGGGUGUGGUCAUCCCUUGACGACAACGUUAGGGAAUCCCUGCGGAAGUAUUUGAAUAUCGACGGCUCCGUAUCCAAGCCAGCAGUUCAAGUUACGUAUAUACCGGCACUUAUCACCCAGGCAGUUGAUAUUAAUGGACCCUCAACCACUGAGGAUAAGGAACGUGCUUUACGGAGCGCGCUUCACUACCUAUGCAGAGUUAUUUCGGCUCCAGAUAAGCCCGAUGGGCCAGUGAGCGUUAUCGAACGAAACGUGUUCUCCACGUUGAAGGACGUUGUACAAAGUCCUAAAUUCCGGGAGGAUCCUACUAUCUUAGAAACAGCCCCGAUACCCGAAAGUCUCGUAGCGAAGAUGGAGCUAGAUGGACAAUAGUGAGGAUGGCAUUUUUCUGAAGAGAUCUUACGGUGCUUGAAUGGCUAGCAUCGUCGCGUUGUUCGGGUCGGGUUGACAUAGGGAACGAAGGAGAUGGGAUCAUUACGAAGUGACGCAUCGAUAUCACUCUGAUAUACCCUUAUAACUCUCGCGAGUUGAAUACGGUGGCUGUCAUAAUAUAAGAAGCUGUAACUGAAUUUAGCUAGGUACCUACUUGGUAGUUGUACGUGUUAUUAACUGGUGUGUUUCAUAGUGC